UAUUAAGAGAUUCAACCAAAAGGGAAAGAAAAGUAUUCACGCAAAGGCAAGCAAUAAAAUGCCCACAACACCUCCCAAAUCAGCCCUUCAAGUUCAUAGAAUCAAUAACACAAACAUGAUCUCUCACUGCCACAAGCAACCCCAAACCACCGCCAUAGCCACCGGCGCCACCCUCCACCGACGUAUGAUAGCUUGUUGUCCAGUCUCCGCACCGGAAACCGUCGCACGCCAUCACACCCAUACAGUGGGACUCAACCAGUGUUCCUCCGCCGUCGUCCAGCACAUCGCCGCCUCUGAAUCCACCGUAUGGUCAGUCGUCCGCCGCUUCGACAACCCUCAAGCCUACAAACACUUCCUGAAGAGCUGUCACGUCAUCGUAGGGAACGGCGAUGUUGGAACCCUCAGAGAAGUCCAAGUGGUGUCGGGUCUUCCCGCUGCCACCAGCACAGAACGGCUUGAGAUCCUCGACGAUGAACGUCACAUCCUCAGCUUCAGCGUUGUCGGUGGUGAUCAUCGCCUUGCAAAUUACCGAUCUGUGACGACUCUACAUCCUUCAUCGAACGGUUCAGGAACGAUGGUCGUUGAAUCGUACGUCGUUGAUAUUCCCUCCGGGAACACGAAGGAAGAUACCUGUAUGUUUGUAGACACAAUCGUUCGCUGCAAUCUACAAUCGUUGGCUCAGAUCGCCGAGAACUUAGCCAGAAGCAAUCGAUCAUCUCAAUAGCUAUCUCUUCUCUUCUUCUCUUGUCUUUUGGUUUUGGUGGUUUUUUUCCCCAAAUGUGAUUGCGAUCGACAUUGAUUGCGAUAACAUGAUCGGUUGAUGGGUUUUGCCUUCACACCUGCAAUCUCGCAGGUUUUGAUGCUUCGACAAUGAUUGCCAAAGAACGUCGGUGACGGUGACGAUGCCGAUCGUUGCCGUCCGUCCGACGAUCGUUUGUUGGAUUCACCGGAACUCUGUUUUUUUGUUUAAAUUUAUUUUAAAUCAGCGUCAAUGCGUCGCCACCACCACCAUCUUCGUGAAUUAUGGUUUCCUUUUUUUUGGCCUUGUUGUCUGUAAUUUCUUUCUUUAAUUUAUAAUAAUGGCUGUACUGUAGACCGACCAUUAGAUCACUGUGAA